AUGAAAUGUUAUCUUCUUUCAGGAUGGAUAACCACUGGUUCUCUGAAUCAUGAAAGGUUUGUACAUGCAGCAUCAACCUUAACAAAUGGAAGUGUAUUAGUGACAGGUGGGCGCGACCAGUCGGGAUUAUUUGUAUCUGAUGCUGAGUUUUAUGACUUAUCAACACAAGUCUGGACAUUAACAGGUAGGAUCAAUGUCGGACGAGCGUCACACACAUCAACGUUAUUGGCGAAUGGAAAAGUAUUAAUUGCUGGAGGAUUUGACUUUAGCGGCGCUUUGAACAGUGCAGAGUUGUAUGAUCCAUCAUCAGGAACCUGGACAUUUACUAACAGUUUGAAUGUUGGACGAUUGGGUCACACAGCAUCGAUACUAGCAAAUGGGAAAGUGCUAGUUUCCGGCGGAUAUAACGGUAGUAGUGCUAUCACUAAUGCAGAAGUCUAUGAUCCAUCAAUGGGAAGUUGGACAACCACUGGCAGUUUGUAUGUGAGACGAUGGGGUCACACAUCAUCACUAUUGACGAACGGAAAAGUGUUAGUUGCAGCUGGAUACGAUAAUGUAGCAGGUAUAAACGAUGCGGAACUAUAUUAA